ACUUUGUUCAACUGAAAACCAUGGAUGACGUUGACAACAUUGUUGGUAAAUUGAAAUUAACUCGAUUCUUCCAACGAAUGCAUCCAUCUCUGCUCCAACAAAUAUGUAAACAUGCAAUUGUUGAGCGACUUGAUAAAUCAGUUGUGGUUUUCAGGCAAGGAGAUAAAGCAUUCAAUUGGUAUGCCGUUGUUACAGGAUCUUUGGAUGUUCAAGUCAAUGCGAAAGCAAAGGAGGUCGUUACUCUUUGCACUCUUGGGGUUGGAACUGCUUUUGGUGAAUCAGUGUUAACAGGUAAACCUCACUCGGUUUCCAUCAUAACCAAUGAACCUUGUACUCUUCUUCGAGUGCGAAAAGAUGAAUUCCAAGAGAUAUGGGAUCAAAAUUCACAUCUAAUGACUGACAUUGUUACACCUUUGGUGGGUUUGCGUUGUCUGAAGAGAGCCUCAUUCAAUAAAUCGCUGAGCAUUCGUAUCACUUCAACUAAUGAUAAUUGCAACUCAACUAACCAAAGCUCUGAAAGCAACAACAACAGCAACAACAGCAGCAAAAACAGCAGCAAUAACAACUGUAACAUCAUCACAACCAAAAACUCAACUAAAAGUAACAAUUCUCUUGAUAGUUUGUCUUAUCGAUUCAAGUCCAUCCAACGGGAUCAAUCCGUCGAACUGCUUCAGAUUGGGCGCAUAUUGCGAGCUUUGAUCAUUGCCCAUGACCCUUCUAUGAUUCGAGAUCGUAAAUACAAUGUUGGCCUUGUUUAUCGCAAUUGCCUGGUUGGUUCAGAGUUGGUUGAUUGGCUUAUAUCUGCUUCUAGUGUUACACCUAAACGGAUUCAUUCUCGAUCUCAAGCAGCAGCAAUGUUGCAAGUUUUAUUGGAAGAAAAUGUUCUUACUUCACCGACGGGUGAUUCACAGUUUUGGGACAAAUACUUGUUCUAUCGAUUCAUCUUUGACGGAGAAGACGAAUCAUUGCGUUCAGAAGAUUUACCAAGUUUACCCAGUUUUGAGGGUAAACGAAGAACCGAAAGUGCCCUUGUCCAUUGUUUAACGACCCUCCAUUCACUUGCACCCGAAGCCAACUUCAGACUCAUCUUGUGCAAAAGUCCAAAAGAACGAAGUGCAGAAGAAGUGGAUCUAGUUUAUGAAGAGUUGAUGCACAUCAAGGCGCUAUCACAUUUGGGCAAUUCAGUGCGCAAAGAACUCGCUUCGGUUAUUGCUUUUGAAAAGCAUCCAAGGAAAGGAACUGUUUUGUUUAAUCAAGGUGAUCCAGGUAAAAGUUGGUACAUCAUAUUGAAAGGAACUGUUAAUGUUGUCAUUGUUGGUAAAGGAGUUGUUUGUACUCUUUGUGAAGGCGAUGAUUUUGGCAAAUUGGCUUUGGUCAAUGAUGCUCCUCGAGCAGCGACAAUAAUUACCAAUGAAGACAAUUGCCAUUUCUUGAGGGUUGAUAAGGAUAACUUUAACCGCAUCUUGAGGGAUGUCGAGGCCAACACUGUCCAUUUGAAGGAGCAUGGACGUGAUGUGUUAUUGCUUCGUAAAAUGGUUCCCAAGGUAAUUCCAUCAUCGACUUCAUCAACAAUCAAUGGGUCCAGUCAUCACUAUCCACCGACUGCUCAACCUGUAACAUCGGGUUCACCUCAACCAACAGUCAACCCACAAGUGGAACAGCAAAAGGUUACCUCGAAAUAUUCAUCUUCGUGUUCACAUUAUAAGUACAUGGUUUUGGCUGGAACUCCUGAGAAAAUGUUGGAACAUCUUUUGGAGACCAGAAUAGAUGUUACUUCACCUCCUGAAAUUGCUUGUGCUUUACCCAGUUCUGUUCAACUUCGAGGAGGUGGACCAUUGGAAUUGAUUUAUUCAGUGGACACUUUUCUUGAGGAUUUCGUGUUAACUCACAUCGUCUUCUUAAAAACUGAUGCACUUUGUGUUUACCUGUUGAAACACUAUAAAAUUGAUUUACUUAAUACUCGACAAGAAAAGGAGUUUAUUAUUGGCAAUAAGAAACGAGUGAUUCGUUUCGUUAAGAUUUGGUUCAAUCUCAUUUCUGAAGUUCUUCAUCGAGAUUCUUAUGUGACUACUUUUGUUGAUAAACUUUAUAACUUGGUCAAGUCAGAUCUAAUCAAAUAUGAAGGUUUCCUCGAAGAUGAAUUGGCUCUUUUAGAGUCUAUUUGUAAAGACAGGAAACGAUUCGAAGAUGAUCUCGUUCUACGUGGAACUCAGAAGUGGAAGAAUGAUCUUCCUGGACCUAUUCGUCGAUUGUCGACCAACGGCUUAACUGAUAAUUUAAUUGCAUUCACCAACAUUCCUGAUGAUUGGCUCUUGAUCAAUCUUCGCUUCAACUCAAUUCAACCCAAAGAUGAAAUCAUUUCUCGCAUUUAUUGUGCCGAUCAUACUUAUACAACUCUAAAGAUGACAAUCGACUCAACUGCUGGUGCCAUUAAAAUUGCUGCAGCCGAUAAGCUUGGAUUGAACAAGGAAGAAGGUGAAUUGAUUCUGGCUGAAGUUAAAUCGACUGGAGAAAGAGUUCUGUUCGACAAUCAAGACGUUUCCAUACAAACUGGCUUAAGUGUUAAUGGGCGAAUAUUUGUUUCCUUGAUUGACCACAUUGAUGCAUUGACGCCUUUGCCCGAACAAGAAGGACCCAAAAUUGAAUCAUUUUCAUCUGCAUUGGAAGACAUCUCAUCUCAAGAUAUUGCUUACUAUUUAACUUACUAUUCUUGGUUACUUUUUCAGAACGUUCAUGAGUAUGAGUUUAUUUAUCAUGUUUUUGGGCGAGUCAAAUUUGGACACAUCACGGCAAAUCUGGAUCUAUUUUUACGUUUAUUCAAUGAAAUACAAUAUUGGGUUGUCACCGAGAUCGUCUUAACAACGAGUCUAUCUAAAAGAGUGCAAAUAUUACGAAAAUUCAUUAAAGUUGCUGGAUUAUGCAAGGAACAUCAGAAUCUAAGCAUAUUUUUCGCAAUAACAAUGGGUUUAAGUAACAUUGCAGUUUCUCGAUUAACACAAACAUGGGAACGAUUGCCGAACAAACUGAAGCGAACCUUUUCUCAAUACGAAUCAUUGAUCGAUCCCUCGCGAAAUCAUCGUAAAUAUCGAGUCUAUUUAUCGAAACUGGAAGCACCGAUAAUACCAUUUACUCCUUUAAUACUCAAAGACAUGACAUUUUCUCAUGAAGGGAACAAAACUUAUCUAGAAAAUAAUUUAAUAAACUUUGAAAAAAUGGUGAUGCUAUCUCAAUCUUUACGAACUUUCAGAUUCUGUCGAAGUAAACCAAUGAAAUUGGAUUCACUGAUCAAUGGAUCAUCCAAUUCUAAUUAUUCCAACAGAGGAAUCAUUCCAUCGACUCGUAAAGCUGCUCUAAUCAAGAUUGACCAGUACAUUAAAGAUCUUAAAGUUAUCGACAAUCAACGCCUUUUACUUCAUCUUUCACACAGUUUGGAACAUCGAAGGAUCUGAUUAUUUGAUUGUUAUCAACGGAAGGAAUGAUUAUGGAAGCAAAUUGACAAUAAUUUACAUGCAAUCCAACUAUUAAAUCGUUUAUAUCAAACACUUUAUUGUAAUUAAGUGUCGAAGAUGAAUGUCUAUUGCAAAUCAUUAUUUUGUGAACAAUUUAUGCUUCAAUGUUAUAUCGAUAAAUGUGUUUACUGACUUUUGUAUAAAAUUAUACAAUUUUUUAUAUUGUAAUUGUUGAUUCAAUGCAUUUAUUAUCAAAUCAAAUAUCAAACUGACAAUCAAACAUAAAUAUUUAAU